AUGGAUAUGGACAUAGUGUUGGACGAGGAUUACUCUAUUCCUGGCGUUUCCUCUCAACAAGAUCCUUAUCUUCCCGACGGUGCCUCUCGAUAUGAAUAUCCUGUCGGAAAUUUCAGCGAACAGAUGACCAAAGCUUUUGAUCCAUACAAGAAUAUCACGGGAAUGAAUGAUUUCUCCGUUCACUAUGUGCUCCCAUUUUCCAAUCACGAGAACGGAGCUCUCAUGGCCAUCGCCGGCUUCUACGCUCUGCUAUUUUUGAUCGGCACUUGUGGAAAUGCGGGAAUUCUCACCGUCGUUCACUAUGUUCGAUAUUUGGAUGCAAGGGCUAGACACAACACGACUCUCACCUACAUUUGCAUUUUGUGCAUCGUCGACUUUUUGUCGAUGCUUCCACUGCCGAUGACGAUCAUUGAUCAGGUGCUCGGCUUCUGGAUGUUUGGCACAUUCGCCUGUAAACUCUUCCGAUUGUUGGAACAUAUUGGAAAGAUUUUCUCCACUUUCAUCCUCGUCGCUUUCUCUUUGGAUCGAUACUGUGCUGUCUGUCAUCCAUUAAGGACAAAAAUGCGAAGCAAAAAGAUCGUCUACUUGCUCCUCUCGUCGAUGUUCGCCAUGACGUGCCUUAUGCUUUCACCAAUUCUCCUCUUUGCCCAUUCAAAAGAAUUAAUCGUCCACGAGAAAUGGGACCACUCGACGAGGACGGUCACCCGAUUACACCUUUACAAAUGCAUCGAUGAUCUCGGUGAUCAACUUUUCGUCUUUUUUACGCUUUACUGCUUUUUAUUGGCGUAUCUGGUCCCUCUCCUUUUGAUGAUUUAUUUCUACUAUGGAAUGUUGACAAGACUUUUCAAACAAACGAGAGCCGUACGACAGAGUCUCGGCGCAAGGCGAAAGAAACUCGAUGACAAAAUCCCAGUGAUGCAAAUCGCCGUCUACACCCUCGCCAUUUGUCUAUUUCAUUUCAUUUGCUGGACUCCCUACUGGGCCUCCGUUCUCUACUCAUUGUAUCAAGAGCUGAAAGGCGAGGAUUCGGUCAUGCCCACUCCACAAUUCAUCUACUUUAUGUAUGGAGUCCACGCACUGCCCUAUAUCAACUCGGCCAGCAAUUUUGUGCUUUAUGGGCUACUGAAUAGACAGCUCCACCAAAGUCACUUUUCUGAUCGAAGAACUUCGAAGAAUGGAUACUCGAGGUCAUCUCCGCCAUUGAAAACGAGAGAUUCAGCGCGGGAUACGAUACUGACCACGAAUGGUAGAGGUAGUCCGAAUGACGGCUUUCUUAAGUCAACUCUUUCUACGUAUUCACUGCAUCAUGAAAGCAUUCCUCUUGUGAGAACUAACGAUUUCGCCAGUAUGACUUCCCCAAAGCCUAGUCUUUCCCAGAUCGAAAGUUGCGAGGAUUCUGUUGUUCUG